AUGUCCCGCUCGGAGGAGGUAAACCGGCUCACGGAGAACGUCUAUAGGGUGAGUGAGCGGGACACUUUCUAUCCUUCUCCUCAUCCCUUCCUCAUUCCCUCUUUCUCUCUCCAUUCUUUCCCUUGACCCUCUCUUCCCAGAUCCAGCCCCCGUCCAUUUCUCAGCCAGCCCUCUCCCCUGUUUAUUCCUCCUGUUCUUCCUUUCUCCCCCCCCCCUCCGCCUCUCCCUUUGGCUCCCCUUCAUCUCUCUCCCCUCCACCGCUUCUCUCCCCCCCACUCUGCCCCCCUCCGUCCCUGAUUUGUGUUUCCGUCCUUCUUUUCCUCCGCCCCACUCCUGCCAUCCACACCCCAUCGCACACUAGCCCUUUCCAGCACCGCCACACACAAAAAAUCCCCUUCCAACCCCCCUCCCCCCCUUUCUUUUUUCCUUUCUGUCUGUUCUUAACCAGCCUUUUGUUCACCUCCCAAAAUCUUUUUGGAAAAACAGAGCCUCGGAAAAGGAAGGGACAGGGGAAAGGGAGGAGAGGCCGGUGGGGCAGAGUUGUUCCAACAAGCCACCCCCCAACCCCACAUUUCCACAAACACACACACUUUGUGCACCCCACCCCCGCUGUCCCCCGCGCCCCCCACCCCACCUUUUGAAUGCAGAGAAAUGCCCUGGAUUUGAAGGUAGCGCAACAUUAAUAAUAACGUCCAGGUCUGGGAAGUUCCCCCUUCCCUCUAGUAAAUGGGGGGGGGGAGAGCCAGACAAACCCAAAUUAAGAUGGAGAAGUUGUGUGAACUUUUAAAAAAAAAGUUUUGCUCAGAUAACGGACCUGUUCUGUUAUUUGCAGGAGAAAUGUGGCUACAGACAACUUUAUUAUUAUUAUUAUUAUUAUUAUUAUUAUUAUCAUUCGGUCCCACUGUUUUAUUAGAAACUCAGCUGUGCAUUUGGACAUGUGGAUGGAAAAAACUUGGGGGGAAGUUCGUCAAUGGUAAUAGAAAUAGUACCGCUAAUAAAGUGUUCUUGUUUUGCUCGCUUCCUUGGAAAGAGACACUUUGCUAAGGAUGUGGGGCCAGAUUCUGACCUGGGCUCCCUGCUUUCAAUGAAAUCUGUGGUUAUCCGCUUUUCUGGUUAAGUUCAGAUGGAGCUGGAAGCUUUUGCUCUUUCUGUGUGUUUUCUUCUCCCAUAUGGAAAUGAAGCAAAUCCCAUGCCAAAUCCCAGUCUCAAUGUACUUGGCCAGGAGGAGGGAACACUUAACCCUUUCCGCUCCCCCGAGAUGUGUUGCCUAAACAUCUUGACUCCAACUGGAUGGGAUAUUCUCUUCUUAUCCGGGGAGGAAGCACGCACAUAGGCCGGGGUUCCUGUGCUUUCUUUGCUGUCUUCGCUCAGCAGAGACACAUCUGACAGCUGUUAAAGCAGAUGCCGAGAAGGGGCCAUUGUCUCCUUGGGGCUGGGAAGGUGGGGGCAGGAGUGGCGCUUGUGUUGUCUGAAAUCUGGGUCUUCAGAGCAGUUUUCCUUGCGUGUGUGGAGAACAUUGUACUAACCAGUGCUGUUAUUCCCUCCGAUGUCUGGGCUGUGAGUGUCGUUGGUUAUGUAGCCAAAAUGGUACCACCCAUGAGCAAGAGGUAUCAGCAGGCUUAGGAGAAUCCCAAGGUUUGCAGGAGCAUAAAAUAAUAUUUAGGGUAGAGACCUGAAAAUGAGGAGCUCCUUCCCCUCCAAAAAACCAAAUGAGGACUGAGCAUGCUCAGUCAAGGCAGAAUUCACUGUUGUGGAAUGGAAAACCAAAGUGGUAAGGGAGAAUGAAAUGGACUGCAUAUUCCUAACAUUUUGUUGCAGUGCCCACUUAUUCUAAUUUUUUAUUACAUUUUUAGUUCACAUUUCCUCAGAGGAGCUCAGGACGAUCCUUCAUUUGAUGGUCACAACAACUUGUUGAGAUGAGGUUAGACUGAAAGAUAGGGACUUGACUCAUGGGCUUCAUGGCUGAGUAGGAGUUUGGGCCUGGAUCUGCUCAGUUGAUUACUCUAACCAUUACUCUGCAAUAAGUUGUUGAAGGCAUUUUUGCGUCUGCUAGGCUAAAAGAUCAUAUCAUUAGCUUAUGCUAAUGAGGAGGACAUAUGAAUAUUGUAAAUUUAGAACAGAAAAUGGAAGAAAAGGCAGAAUGUGAUUGUGGUGUUCACCUGUAUAUUAUUACAGGAAAUCAAAAUACCCUUUUUCACAUCAUGCAUGAAAAUGCCUUUUUGUGAUGAAGCAACAGCAAAAGAAUCAGGUGAGAAUAAGGUGGCAGAAGAGACUAUUCAGCAUCUGACUACAGGAAAGGGAUUUUUAAUCUGUAGGUAGAAAAAUAGCAUCAAAAGAAGUGGGCUGGCUAACAUCCUCCGCACUGUGCUAGAUUUUUACUUGCAGAGAACUUUAAUAUGAGGGCCAGGGGAGACACGUGCAGUUUUAAAUGAUUAAAAGCUAAAAGACCGCUGACAGUUAAGUCUAGUCACAAACGACUCUGGGGUUGUAGUGCUCAUCUCGCUUUACUGGCCGAGGGAGCCAACGUUUGUCCGCAGACAGUUUUUCCAGGUCAUAUGGCCAGCAUGACUAAGCCACUUCUGGUGAACCAGAGCAGCACAUGGAAACGCCGUUUACCUUCCCGCUGGAGUGGUACCUAUUUAUCUACUUGCACUUUGACGUGCUUUCGAACUGCUAGGUUGGCAGGAGCAGGGACCGAGCAAUGGGAGCUCACCCCAUCGCGAGGAUUCAAACCACCAACCUUCUGAUUGGCAAGCCCAAGGCUCAGUGGUUUGGACCACAGCGCCACCCGCGUCCCUUUAAAUGAUUAUAAUGCCUCAUUCUACCACAGGUCUAGUGUCAGGGAUCAGUGGGACUGAGCACCUUCCCAAAGUCCACAGGCAAGCUUGGGUCCAACAACUAACCCUAGAUGCAGACCAGACCUGAUUUCCUAUUUCCAGAAGGGAAAAAGUACUUGGUAGCACCAGGGCAGCUCUCUCAGGUCUGGCGCCCUCUAUCACAGCCCCAAAUGAUAGGGGGUAGGGAGAGGUGUAGACACUCUGUGACCAAAGCUGACCCUUUUUCACCACUUAUUUCUGGUGAAUGUUUAGGCCAGGCCAACUCCAUUCCACAAGACAUCCCUUCUCCUCUCCCUCUGUCCAUCAUCUGCUCCCUUCAUCCAGUUCCUGUCUGUCUUUCCAUCCUCCCACACAUUCCUGUCUGUCCAGAUAAUCCUCCCUCCCUCUCUCUGUUCCCACCCCCCUUGGGCACUCUUGAUCGGAGUCAAAACAAGAUAAAUAGCUUCCCGACCAGUAGCUACCAAGCAGCACACAUGAGUCAGGGAGAACUGUAAAUUUUCCUAAUGCAUCCCUGUAAAAAAAACAACAACUACAUUAAAACCAAUUCCUUCAUUAAAAUGAAAUGAAUAAAAUGUCACAGUCCUUAUCAACAAUUAUUUCUCGAUUCCCAAAUAUAUGAAUUGACUUUUGCAUAUCAAUGUAACAUACAAAAUAUAGGUCAUAAGAAAAUCUGUAGAGUUUUGAUUGUUUUAUUUUUCAUGCAGAAAUUAUGUUAAUUUUAAUUUUAUAGAUGUGGACAUUUUAGUAAAGUUUAGGGCUUCUGCUCAUUCUUGAUCAAGCCAUUGUGGUGGUUAGCUUGCUAAACUGCAGUUGGGUUGCCAUGGGUCAGUCAGCACUUCUGGACCCACCUCAUAGGGUUGCUUUGAGAAAUAUAGGGAUAUAUAUAUACUCAGUUGAACCCCUUAGAGGAAAACAUGGAUAACUAAGCUAUUUGACCUAGCUACUCACUUUAUCCAUUCCUAGACUUCUCAUCUACCUGUGGCCUGGUUCACAUGUCAUACUAAGUCAAUCCAUGGUUUAGCAUGAGUGCUCCUGGAGAGGAUGUCAUGGCAACAUUGCUCUUCUCUCGUUACUCAGUGUUAUGCUGAGUUAAGUUGUGAUUUAUCUUAGUCUGUCCUCUGCAUCAGAGGUUAUGGUUAAGCUCUCCUGGACAAACAACAAGCCAUAAAGGACAAACCUUAGUUACAGCUUGUGAUUGGUCUGCGGGAGAGUGAAAUCACAAGCCCGGUUCCAGACAAUACGCUAAGCUUAAUGAUGGCUUAGGUCAGUGCAGCUUCAGAAUGCCUGGGGAGGAACAAAACAACCCCAAUCUACUUUCCCAGAGCCUGCAGGUUCACACUAAACCAUGGUUUGUUUUGUUUUAGCAUGACAUGUAAACCAGGUCUGUGUAUUAUUUCCCAGGUACCCUCUGUCAACUCACUGCAGGCCACCACAUAUAAUUCUUCCCUUCCUUGUGCUAGUUUAUAUAUCUUCUCCCAAAGUAUGUCAUUUUGUUUUAUUUUUUUCAUUUGUAAGAUUUUUAGACCACUUUUCUUCUUCUUUGGCGAUCACUUUUAGCUGAGUAAGAUUGUCUUCCAUGAAUAUGGUCUUAACAGUCUGUUCGUAAGUGACUGUGGAGGCCAAUUCUGGAUCCACACAUCCUUCCACAGUGUGGACAUAAGCUUCCAGGUGGGAAUUGAUCACGGUGAGGAUUUGCCAAACAUGCCUUCCUCUUAGCUCGUUUCUCCCUUUCAUCCUGAGUUCAUGCUUCUUCAAAGUCCAAAGUUUCAUUAAGUUAUACAAAGUAGUUUUCCAACUGUAAGAAAAAUAUAGGUUAACAUCAAAUACAAUUUAAAAUCAGACCAUACAGAACUCAGACUCUUCUUCACCUACUUUCCCAUCAGUUUCUCUAUCAAGUACAUUUAUUACAAAUUUAAUAAAUAAUAAUAAUAUUAGUGUCUGUCUCUUCUAAGCACUCAUGAUUCAUCAUGUUUUGCAAGGAAGUCCUCACUCCUGAUAACACGGAGAGAAUCUUGAUGCUAAGGAGAUGAACCAAUCACUUAUGUCCGUCUAAUUCCUAUGGAUUUCAGCGAGGAAAUGAAGCACACGCCUCAGCUCUCUGUGGGAAGUUAAAGUGCCUAAACUUUGUCUGAAUCAUGCCAGAAGGAUUUGCAUUAUUUGUUUGUUUUCUUCUCCCUUGUAACCAGGCGAUUCUGGACCAAUUCAACCCCAGUCUAAGGAAUUUUGUUUCUAUGGGAAAGAACUAUCAGAAAGCACUCUCAGGUAAUGGAAUGCCCCAGUCCAGCCCUUGACCUCAGGCCAGGUCAGAGUUGGUGUUCCUUAAAGGGGAAAGGUCUCUGCAGCUUUUGUGUUGAGAGUUUAUGAUUCAAUGGUCCAUCCCUCCACCCCUUGCAGGAGUUACAGUGGCCGCCAAGGGUUAUUUUGAUGCCUUAGUGAAACUCGGCGAGUUGGCCAGCGACAGCCAAGGAUCCAAGGAGUUAGGUAGGUUUUUUAUACGACCUGUGGCCCCCUCUCUAGGGAAGAGACUUAUUUCCUACUACUGAACUCUCUCUAGAGCACUCUUGCGCACAUAUUUGUGCUUGCAAAAAGGUGUUAGCAAAUCUGGAGUUGGCAUAACCCCAGCAAACCCACAGCAUCUAGUCUCUGUUUGGAACCACAUAGUAUUGGUCACUCAUGUUGCUCGCAAGUGGUUUCUUGGGUGGAGCAGAACUGCAACACUGGUGUACCAGCAAACAAGUCACUGCCACUUACCAGGAGGGAGAAGGGAGGGGUGAAGCUGCAAGGAGGUCAGUGCAGUGCAGGGGCACCAGCAGAGCCACUCCUGCACCCCUUCCGCUUCCUGUAAUUGGCUGUGGAAUAUCUUCUGGGAGGCUUGAGUUGCAGCUCUGCUCCACCUGCCAAACUAUUUCCAAUGAGGAUACCACUUGCACUUGUCUCAUCAUGUACAUAUCCAAUAUCUGGACUAUUGGUGGUGAAUAGGAUGGCAUUCCAUGUGUUCCUGGUGACUCCAUGGAAUUCUGCCCUUCAAGCAUUGUGGAAUCAUCAAGGGAUGACGCCUCAAGAGAGCAGAGACCCCACAUCUCUGCUUCUGUGCGAACCGAGACGUUGAGCCAGUUUGCACAUUCAGCAAAACCAAUUGGUAACGUUUCCUUUGGGCUGGGCCGUUUCAGGAUGAAGGCGAGGGUGUUUUGUGUGUUUGCAUGCUUGAAUCCUUCCUUAAUUAAAAAAGAAACCUUGUAUGUUUGAAUGGCAUGGCAGGGAGGAGAAUCUGGCCUCAGUUUCUCCCUGCCAACCUAUUUUUCUGCAUGAAGGGUUUUGUUUUGUUUCACUAGCAAGCAUUCAAUACCCACCCAUAAGAAGAGUCUUCUCGAUUGGGCCAGUGGCCCAUCUAGUCCAGCAACCUGUUCUCACAGUGGCCAAGCAGAUUCCCCAUUGGGAAGCCCACAAGCCAGACCUGAGUGCAACAGCAACACUCUCAGUCCAUCAGCACACUGUCCUUGACAGUGGAGGCCGAACAUAGCCAUUGUGGCCAGUAGAGCCUUAUCUCCCAUCAAUUUGUCUAAUUCUCUUUCAAAUCCAUCCGGGUUGGUGUUCAGCACUGCUUCUCGUAGCCUAAAACUGCACAUGCCUGAGGAGAUUGUUACUGCUUGGCUCUGCUGACGGUGUAAACCAGUCUUUAAGCUCGUCGGCUGUGGGGCCUUGUAGUUUUUAGCAGUAGCUGUUUUGUACUAGUCUCCGCUGUAGAUAGGGCUGCCAAGCGGCUAAAGAUUUUUUAGUGGUUCUGUCAAACGAUCCAUCAAUUACAUGUAAAUAAAACUGCAGCAGGCCCUUUCUUGAGAUGUUGAAGGAAAUACGAGAUAAGGUACGAUUUCACAAACAAAAGCUACUGCUCAUUGUUAGAAUCAAAGGCAAUCUUUAAUAUUUCCUCUUUUCAAUUCCCUGUUGCAACACCAGAACCAAAAUAGACUCCAGCAUAAACAAGGGUGCCCUUAAGUCAUGGCCCGAUUGAUUAAAAUGGGCCCCUAUCAUUAAUCAACUCCACCAUGCAGCAGAGGGAGGUAGCAAGAAAACUGUGGUGUUAGGGUGGGCUGUACCACUUCACAGGAGAGGUAGGGAUGCCGGUUUUGAACACUGCCCCAUGUGAACACAACUCCCUGCAAGUUGUAAAUUACACAUAAUAUGCUGUAUGGUAUAAGAGAUUCUAGAGUCCUGCCCAUUCCCUUUCGUCCUGUUUACUAUUUAUUGGGCAGUUUUCAUGUAGCUGAGCAUUCAAACAUGCCAUCCAUACCUGCAGCCUGAAAUGGUACAGCCCACAUUCUGCUGCAUGUGUAUCCCGGUUAUAAAUCUGUUGAUGGUUCCUCCUGCCUUGCAGCCCUAACUGUAAUGCCACCUUUAGAUGGGUUUUUUAAAAUGUAAAACCUCAAAUAUAGUUCAGACACAUUUUUUUCUGUCUAAAUGGUUUGGGGCCAGGUUAUGCUGUGGAAUGGUCUUCUUUGAGAGGCUGGCAGGUUUUUUCCCCUCUUACGUCUUCUGUAUCUUGUGAUUUUGUUGUAUACCUUCUUGCUUCCCUGGCCAAACCACCUCCCUUUAUACCUCACCCUCCCUUUCACCUAUCCCCUCACAGCUCGUCCCAACCUUCACCCCCAUUUAAAGGAUGGGGUGCCUUGCCUUCAUCCAUUCAACCCCAUUUAACGGGGGGCGGGGGGGGCUUCACAAAACAGCUUGCUGAACUCUUAUGUGAAGCACCUCUCCCCCCUCGGUUAAGCCCCUGUCACCAGCACUGUUUCAUGCUGGAGCUAACAUGGCUGCCCCAACUACAGAGCAUGACAACAGCCUUAGAUUAUUAUGUACACAGAAGAUAGUUGUGAUUGGCAAUGCUGUAAACUUUUUUUGAGGGCUCCUGCAGCCAAUAGGCAGGAUACAUGUUUGCUUUUCUUUUUUAAAACAUCUUUUUGUCACUUUUAGCUAUUUAGGCAAUAGGGCUAUGAACUGCCCCUAUGCUAGAUCGCACUUUCUUUUGGAGGGGGUGCUCCCAUCUAGAUGUGUGCUGCGUCACACUGAUCUAAUCUCUGUGCCAGGUGUAUGAAUUGCACAAUGCACCUCCAAAGCAGAAGCUGCCGAGCGGUGCUCAGGUUUGUGUGUAUGUACCGAGUUGAAGACCUCCUUCCACGAAUCCCUGCCAUCGACAUUUUGGUUCCAGUUAAAAGCUGGUUGGAGUUCCUUGGUCAACUCCUAGGAAAGGAAUUAACCCGAAAGGAGAUUAUCCAGGGACAGGCAGAGUCCAGGGGACAAAGGACCUUUUCAUAGACCAGGGAAUGUCUGGGGUAUAUUAAGCCUCCAAUCACCUUGACCUACAGGUGACACGUUGUUCCAAAUGGCUGAGGUCCACCGUCAGAUCCAAGUGCAGCUGGAAGAAACGGUGAGUAUCUGUAUGUGAUGGGCCCAUUUAGCCUGGCAUCAGGCCUGCCUGGAUCAGACUGAUGGGCCUAUUUAGACCUCUGCCCUCUUCCCCUCCUCUCCUUUGCUGCCUCCAAUCAGGACCGCAGGCCCACCUUUCCUGGUAUCUUGUCAUGUCCAAAAGCCAUUCUUGGGACCUCCAAUCUAUGGGCGGGAGGGGGUGGUACUGGCCUUCGUCUUCCUGACUCUCACCCUCUCCUUUCCUGCUUCUCUGUCACCUGGUCCCAGCUGAAGCUUUUCCACUCGGAGCUGUUAUCCCAGCUAGAACACAAACUGGAACUGGAUAUCAAGUAUCUGAUGGUGAGAGAAAGAUUAAUAUCUGAACCCUCCUCUUCUGCCAUUUCAAGUUUGUCUGUCUGUUGUCAUGUGUAUUCAUCCGCCCAUCACUUCUUGUGCAAUAUCUUAUCCGAAGCUUCAUCUUUGCUAGGGUUCAGUAUCAGAAUCUAUCUAUGCCCCGAAUGUCUGAAAUAAUGAUGAAGAAAAGUACCCCUGAGCACGUGCAGAAUGACUUUCCCUCGCCACAGAGCCUGUCACAACAUUCCUGGAAUCUCCAGGUCAAAUAGUGUCAUAGUAUGGCUUCCAGGAAGGCAUGUGCCUUGCAUUUGUUUUAUUCAUAGAUUAAACACUGGUUCCAUCUCUGUUUAUAUACAUUUCCAUUUCUUAUAGCUGGCCAUUUAGGAAGGUAUCUGAUUUACCCACAGAAGAGAGUGCCAUUGAGGCAGGAAUUUAUUCAGCUAAGCAUGAGUUGUGAUGUUUCUUUCAUCUUGUCUUUAUCUCACAAUAAUUCCCUGAGGAAGAUGAGACUGAGGGAUAGUCAGAGUCUAUGAGAAAGCAAAGGAGACGGUGGUCAGCACUUCUUCACAGGCCUUCACUUCUUGCUUCUUGCUAGCCAGCGACAAGGCCCAAACGAGGCCUUGCUAUUCGUGUGGAAAAGCUUGAGGGCUGGGCACUCUCUUGAGAGCCCUCUAGGUCUGGGGCGGGGAACUUGUAGCCCUCUGGAUGUGGUUGAACUACAACUCCCAUCAGCCUCACCUAGCGUGGCCAUCAGUCAGGGAACUUGUGGGUGGCCACAAGUUCCCCACUCUUGCCCAAGGUGAAGAUGUGCAGCUCAGCUCUUAAGACUGGCUGUGAAGAAACAAGGCUCCAUUGUCAGCAUUGUUUCUGCCAGGUCCAAGAUUUCUCUUAAGACAGACCCAGUUUGGCCCAAGCCCAGCUGUUGUCCCUCAGGGAAACCAAUAAUCCAUUCAGUAUGUCAUAUUGAUUUGAGAAGGGUGUGACCUGAGGUAUUUUCCAUUCUGUCAACAUGCAUCUGUCCAGGGUUGGGGAACCUCUGGCUCAGGUUGAAUGCGGCCCUCUGGGGCUCUUUGUUUGGCCCCUGGGAUUCUCCCUAUGCCACAACCUCUCCUCAGCUCUGAACUCUGACCCUGCUCCAUCCCAUCCUCCAGUAACUGAGACAAUGCCUCUUGCUUGCCUGGAUAGAGAGGUGUGAGCAUGUGUAAAAGCCUUGUGUGACUGAAACUGUAGCCUAUCGUAUAUAGAUAAGAGAUAAGACAUUCAAUGCUGUCCAUUUUUGCCUCUGGCCCUGCCCGCCCCUAGCAUGCGGCCCCCUGGUGCGGAAAGGUGGCCCUCAGACUGAGAAAAGAUUCCCCACCCCUGAUCUACUUGUUCAUCCGAAAGGAAUAAAAGCUCAACAGCCCGUCUGUUGAGCUGCUCUGUGUAUUUAUAUGUGGAAUGAGGCUCAGAGAAGCGGGAAGGAUCCUGUUCCUUCAAGGCUGACCUGGCUAUGUACUGUCUGGUGCCUGCCCUCCCUCCCCUAGGCCACCCUGAAGAAAUACCAAGGCGAGCACCGUUCCAAAGCAGAGUCCAUUGAAAAGUGUCAGACGGAGCUGAAAAAACUGCGCAAGAAGUGCCAGAAUAGCAAAAACCCACAGAAAUAUGGGGAUCGCGAGGUGCAGGUAAGAUUGGCAGCGGAGAAGGGAGGGAUUCCAUAAAGGGAAGUGCUUAAGAGAACAAUGGGAAUGUUGCUUGCUCCCUCUGGGAACAGUGUCACAUCCUGCCAGAAGCGGAUAUGUGGAAUUCCAGGUCAGGCUAUCUGGGCAGGAGACAGAACAGCCUCAUGUCUCUCUCUCUCUCUCCUCAAGUUCAGUGAGCUUAUUUACAAGAUAUAAGAUAACAAGUGAAGCUACCUUAUGCUGAGGUAGACAAAUGACCUCCCUAGCCCAUCUACCAUCUACCUUGGCUGGAAGCAGCUGUUCAAGCAGUGGUCUUUUCCCCUGUCCUGCAGUCUAGGAUGCCUGGGAUUGAACCCACAACCUUGCACAUCACUCACUUUAAAAAAAUUAAAAUCAAUCUUGUAACUUUAAAAUUUAAAGUCAGUCCGUCUCAUGACAUACCAUAUUAAAGCCCAUGAAGUUCUGAAGAGAAUGGUGUUUUUAGUUUUGACUUACCUCAAUUCUGGGCUGAGCUUUUAAGGUGUUUGCGUAGCCCUGCAAGGCCAAAAUGGUCAAUUCUCACAAAAGGGAUGAGAUUAAAAAAUUACAAUUUUAGCCUUCAGCUACAUUUCUAAUAAUAAUAAUAAUAAUAAUAAUAACAACAACAACAACAACAGCAGCAGCAACAAUAGCAGCAACAGACAGGUUACAGAAAAAAUGGUACACAACAGAACAACCUUGCUGGUAUGUGUUGUGUUUCAAAAUUUUGAAAAUGUAUAAUAUUGGGAAGUUCUGUUUGUGUAAAUGAAAAAAUACAGAUCUGAAUGCAAAAAGGUGUAGUAAUAUUGUUGUUUGGAAGUUCAGCUUUCUAAAGUUUUUCAAUGGAGCAGGUUACACUCAAGACCUGGCUACUCCAUACAGAUGCCAUCUGGGUGCUGGGAUUGGGGUCACUAAGAAGUUUAUGUCUUUAAAAGGGUUUAACAUUCUUUGGCUGUUUAGUGCCUGGAGAGGUAAUCUCUACAGAGGGGGUACCUGGGUUGUUGACAGUAAUACAAAGAGAAAUGUACACAGUCUCUCCGCCAGACCCGUGUAUAUACAGUACAUCAUUGUGCACACACCCGUAAGCGCAUACGUGUGCAAAUCAUACAUGCCAUGUCCUUUACGCAUGCACACCCUGUACCCAGAGCCUUACACAAACACCCUGCUUGUUCAGAAUGCAUGUGCAAGUGCAGUGUGCUGCUUUUGCACACCCACCUUCACAUGCACAGUCGGUACACACUUACACAACAAACCUGAAAGGUCGGGCACAGCUUCUCUGCAAGGGGAUGGAGUCCUGUGCAUGGAGAACACUGCAGAAAGGGUGCGCCCGCCUUGAUUCAGAUGUCACCCGUCUUCCUCGCUCUCUGACUCAAAUUUGGUCUGGUGCCCUGUCUCCCCUAUCUACCAUCCGCCACCUACCCCCAUCCUGUGAAUCCUAGCAGCAGCAUUUGGCUCCGGAAAGGCCCCUUUUGUCAACCUUGUUGCCACGGCAACCAUUACUUCAGGAUCAAGGCCUGCUCAGGCUAGAGGCCGCAAGGAGGGGGCUGGUAGGGAAUGGGGUAUGGAGAUAACCCUUCAGCUCCUGGAUCCUAUAAGACUGCCCCCUGCCCUUAGCUUCCCAGGAUAUAAAAUCAGUACAAGCCCUAUGUUUCCUAAAAUUAGAUUAGUUGUUUCAGAGCACCUUUGCAUUCCUUUUGUACUCACAAUUGGGCUGAAAUUGUAAGGAAGUACUGACUUCUCCCCACAAUCAUCUCUCUAUGCUUGCUUAUGGAUAGAGCUCAGAUCCUAAUUCACACUGGUGGUUGUGUGAGAGUGGAAUUAGGCAGUGGCAAUUACUCCGCAUUAAUUAAUCCAGAACAAGGUGCCAAAGGAUUCUAGAAACUGCCCUGAGGCAAUGGAGUUGUCCUUUGCUAGGAGAGUGAGCGGCGCAAACAAAACAAAACGGUGCCUAAUGUUUUUCCCUAGUGCAUGCGAACAGGAGUACAUUUGAACGCUAAUGUAUCUGUUGAUUGUAAUAAUAUCUCUCUGUGAGCUGUGCAGUUUUCUAAACGCUGAACAGCAGUUCCAGCCACGAGCCAGGGAAAAACUGCAUUUGGUAAAUGUCUGAUAUAGAAUAUAAAAUAACAGGGUGUUUUAUCUCACCCCACAGGCAACAUUUCAAAGAGUAGGGAAGAAAUUACCUUGAACAGGGGAGAGGGGAGGGAACAGCCCAGAGGAUCAAAAGGUCAAAAAGCCAACGAGAAAGAGGCAGAGGAAGGCGGGGAUGAAACCACAAAAUGAUGCUUGAAGUGAAAAGAAUUUUUAUUAUACGAUGUGAUACUCCCCAAACAUGUUUUGACUUGUUGCAUUCUUCAAGGGCACUAGGAGAGAUGAUAACAGCAAUGCGUGAAAAGAGUACUGAGUAAAAUACUUGGAAGUGUUUCCGGCUACAAUCCUAAAUGUGCUUGGGAGUGAGACCUGUCAAACAGUCAGACUUACUUCCAGGUGAACAUGCACAGAUUGUGUUGUUAAGGCUAAACUCGACAUAGCACCACGCGUCCAAUGAACAACCACACAUUUCGUUCUGUUUUUAAAAAGUAAAUAGCAGGUAUGUGGGGUGUGAUCUGUAUUAGUACUGGCUGCUUAGAAGGAGAGGAAGCAAGAGAGAUGGGUGUGGGAAGCCUCUUCUGCUGUGGUCUCAAUUGGAAAUGAGACUCCUUUGCUGCUAUUUUAUUAUUAAAAAAAAAGAAAUCAUGAAAUUGCUAAUUGCGUGAGUGAUGUCGUGCCUGAUUUGGCCCUUACUGUUGCUGGUUAAGUUUCUCUGUUUUAUUACUCAGUCUAACCAAAGAGUUUAGAGACUAGAAGACAUAGACAGAAUGUAUUCAGAAUUCUCCUCUACACCAGUUCUUUUUCACUUUUUCUUUUUUUAGAGAGAGAAUGGAAGUUAAAUAUACCUGGUUUGGUAUGAUUUUGAGGCAAAGUGUGUUUUUUUAUGCAAGGUUAUUAUCGUCAGUUUAAUAAUCAUUGUUGACAUCUCUCGCACUCGCUCCUGAAGAAGGCGACAUGUCAAAACAUGUUUCCACAAAGUAUAAUAAGAAAACGAUUUUGCUUCAAGUAUGAUGUUAUACGUUUCACCUCCUUCCCCUCUCCACUUUUUGGCUUCCUAAAGAAAUCACCUCAGUUUUAAACAUCCAUUUUUUUGAAUGAUUUCCGUCAAAAGGGUGGUGGGAUAUACAUUUAUGAAAUUAAACGAAGUGUGCUACGUAAUAUAGGAGAGACUAAAUAGUGUACGGGCUGCUAUGCAGGCCUGGCUGUGAAGCAGUUGGGCCUCAGAUUACAACAUGAUGGUUCCUUCCCUUCUCAUGGUGGUUUUUGCCUUAGUAUGUGGAGAUCAUGAGCACCAAACAGAGCGAACUGGAUCGGUUCGUGGCUGAAGGCUACAAGGCGGCCCUGACGGAGGAGAGGCGCCGGUACUCGUUUCUGGUGGACCGCCAGUGUGCAGUCUCCAAACACUUCAGCAACUAUCACACUAAGGUGAGCUGUGCCCUCUCCACCACAGAAGGAGGUAUUAGAAGCCCCUGUUUCACUUUCCCUCUCCCCAAUGUAGGCUUCAGGAGAGCGAAUCAGGGAAUCAGGAAGGGCCAUUUGCAUUCUGCGAUUCCGCAACUGCACUGCAGAAUUUGCCACUGGCGCGGAAUUUAUCAUUCUGAGCCAGGGUGAUGUUGUGGUUAGAGAAUAUUAGAAUAAUAGAACUGCCAGUGCUUUAGACUGUGCCAGCCUCCCUGCCAACUUGUCCCUCUCCCUCCCAGUAAACAGCUGCCACACAGCUGUUGGAAGGUCAGCUAAUUAUUGCCCCCCCCCAAAAAAACUAUGCUGUCUGCUCCUGUACAGCCAAGUCUAGUUGAAAUCUGGGAAUUGGGGGGGGGGGGAGAGAACUCAGCACAACUUCCUGCAGUCUGGAGCUAAAAGACAACCACUAGUAGCUUAAGAGGGACAGGGUGGAAGCCGGUUGGCUAAAAAAAAGCAAAAACAAGCAACAUGGACCUUCUUUUCAUCCCUUUGCAGGUACGGGAGCUGCUGGCAGCCAAGUUGCCCAUCUGGCAGACAUCGUGCACUCAACCCACCCGCUUACCAGAGCGGGCCCUAGCCCUGGUCAAGCUCACGGCCAAUAACCUCUCUGGUGGGACUCCCAUACCAGCCAAUGAUGCCCUCCCUGGCUCCAAGGUCCUGGAAGAGCUCUCAGAGCUGGGGCCAAACCACGUGAGUCCAUGGGGUGGACUGAUGAAUAGGCCGCUCAUCCUGGAGGCCCCAACCUCCCUCUUUACUGCCAGGAUUCAAAUGGCAGCUCCCAAACUACUAAUGUGACACUUUAGCCAACUAUGAAGAAGGACCACACUCGCCCAAAAGUUAUAAGUUCUCUGUGCGGCAGGGAGGUGGGGCAAUAGGAUGCAUUGGGGUUCACCUGUAUAAUGCCCUAUCUGUUCUUUGCUUUCUCUCUUCCCUUCUCCCCCCACCAAUCCCCCACAGCGUGUCUCAGUCCAGGAGGUGAUGCCGUUACCAAAUGGCGACUCACACCGUGGGCGGGGAUCUCGGGACUUGGGGCACCCGCCGGUCACCGAACCCCUCACCAUCACAUCAGGUCUGCCACCCACACAAACCACUCAGGCCCCUCCACAGACCAAGACCACCGACAGCUAUUCCUGUACCCUGCCAAUGCCACGCAAAAUGUCAAUGGAGACCCGCCUGGCAACGCUAGGUAAGUGCCCCAGGUUGGUUUUGACCUGCAGCCCAUCUUCCUUGUUUAGCCAGCACCGGUUCAAAACCAGGAUGAAUGGAAUGGGACUUCCACUGUGUAAUUUAUGCCAUCUGAUCAGUCAUGUUUCUGUUGAAUCCUCGUCAGAACUCCAGAUUGUGCAGUGUCAGGACAGAACAAAUUCUGCCCAUUCCCUUAAAACAACAACAACGAUAUUGGAGUUGCACGAGGCCACUUUUUCACCAUUGCACCAUUUGGGAACUGGCCAGGAUGGAGCAUGAGAUGCAGAACUUAAAGAGAAGCCAUAAAACCUUUUGAGCACUGAUUGUAAGAACUGUUGGUGACUUGUAGAAGUCAGUUGGUAGCUUGCCACACCUCCACCUGUGUGAUUCAUCGGCAGAGGAUGUGGAGCCCUAGCAGAGUCUUCAGAGAUUUCCUGCUCCCAUCAGACAGCCUCUUCCAGAGUCUCCAGUUAAGGGGAAAACUCCUCUCUCAUACAGUUCAAAGUAACAAAGUGUUUAUUGUCUCCAGACACUAAACUAUAUACUGUAUACAGCUCUUCCAGUCUUAGAAGUAUAUAUACAUAUGUACAGAGAGAGCCACUAAUAUUACUGCCUUUUCCCUAUCCCAAUUCUAUUCCCAUCUCCUCACAGUGGAGAACAAAACCCUGCCCCGCAUCAAUCCUCUGUCAGUCCUGCCUCCACGUUCUGAACGGCGGAGGGUCCAGGCGAUAUUCUCACAUGCGGCAGGAGAGAACAGCACCCUGCUCAACUUCCAAGAGGGAGACAUCAUUCUUUUAUUAGUGACCGAGGCACGGGAUGGCUGGCAUUAUGGGGAAAACGAGGCAACCAAAAUGUAAGCAAGAUCCUCCCCCUUCUGCCCCAUACAAACACAACUGGUAGGCUUUCCCUGUUGGAUGGGUGAGAAUUUACCCUUACCUGUGUGGGUCCAGGUCAUGUGUGCAGUUUGCAGGGACCAGGUAUGAGGAUUCUCUUGCAACCUCUGCAGGGGGAGGGAGAGAGGGAGGCCUGUUCAGCUUGGAUAAGAUCUGUAGGGCAAUAGUAGCCGAAGGUCCCAGGUUCAGUCUCUGACAUUUUAUGGAGCAGGUGAUGCGAAAGACCUCCGUCUGAGACCUUGGGGAGCUACUUCCAGCCACAGUAAGGGAUACUGGACUAGAAAGAUUUCCGUGGACUAUACAGCCAGCAACCGCUCGACUCAGCUCCCUUGAGGUGAAGGGCUGUAGCUCAGUGGCAGAGCAUCUGCUCUGCAUGCAGAAGGUCCCAGGUUCAGCUUCACGUGGGGCUGGAAGAGACCUCUGCCUGGAACCAUGAGCAGCAGCUGCCAGUCAGUGUAGACAGUACUGAGCUAGAUGGACCAAUGGCCUGACUCAGUGUUAAGCAGCUUCCUAUGUUCCCUUGGGGAACGCGGGUGGCGCUGUGGUCUAAACCACAGAACCUAGGGGUUGCUGAUCAGAAGGUUGGCAGUUCGAAUCCCCCGACGGGGUGAGCUCCCGUUGCUCGGUCCCUGCUCCUGCCCACCUAGCAGUUUGAAAGCAUGUCAAGUGCAAGUAGAUAAAUAGGUACCGCUCUAGCGGGAAGGUAAACGGCGUUUCCGUGUGCUGCUCUGGUUCGCCAGAAGCAGCUUAGUCAUGCUGGCCACAUGACCCAGAAGCUGUCUGCGGACAAACGCUGGCUCCCUCGGCCAAUAAAGCGAGAUGAGUGCCACAACCCCAGAGUCGUUCGCAACUGGACUUAAUGGUCAGGGGUACCUUUACCUUUACCUUUAUGUUCCCUUGCAUAAGGGUCUGGGAGUCCUACUCAGAGUAGACUCGUUAACAUGACCAAUUUAGGUUCAUUAAUUUUAGUGGGUCUACUCUUGGUUGGAUGCAACCCCAGCUAGGAGGCACUGUCCUUCAAGAACAUUGCAUGGCCCAUUUGGUCCAGCAACCUGUUCUCACAGCAGCCAUCCAGGUGCCUUUGGGAAUUUGGAAAGCAGGACCUCACAGCCCUCUCCCCACUUGCAGUUCCCAGCAAGAGGCAUUCAGAGGGAUGCUGCCUCUGGUGGUGAGGCCGUUGUGACUCCUCUGCAAAGAACACUGGCUAUCAGCCUCUUGGUUUUGUGACUAAACCAAGCUCAUUCCCCUUUCUUGAGAACCCUGAUCAUCUGGGCUGCUAGCUGCUGCUGUUUCUUAGCCCACUAGGUGAUCUCCCCAAACCUCUCUGCCUUGGCUACGCCUGCUUCUGCCGCUUCUUGUGCUUAGCACUGACCCUUCUUAAGCCCCACCUCAAACGCAGAAAGAAUAGGAAGCAGUUUUUGGCCCUUUUCCUUUCUGGUCUUAAAUGUCUGCUUCUCCUGUUUCUCCCUCCCCAUUCCCCCUUUUACAGGAAAGGCUGGUUUCCUUUCUCCUACACCCGGCCCUUCCCCCCAGCCGAAGGGUCUGACAAACCGUUCAGCAGGUAAGGUGGGAGAGGGGGGCCCAGUGCCUCAGAGGGAGAUUUGGCUGGUGGUGGAGGGGCAGGUCACUUUGACCCUUUGAGACGGAUUGCCUUAAGGGUCUCCAGCAGCUGACCUUUGGGGGAGCUGCUCAUCUUUUAAUACUUGCCAGUCAGCAAGGGAUUAUGUGGGAAUAAUUAUUAUUAUUAUUAUUAUUAUUAUUAUUAUUAUUAUUAUUAAUUUAUACCCUGCCCUCCCCAGCCAAGGCCGGGCUCAGAGCGGCUUACAAGCAAUAAUAAAAACAAGUUGAAUGAUUACAACUUAAAAACAAAAUUAAAAUACAACAUUAAAAUAUUGAAACAUUAAAAUAUUAAAAUGUAGCCUCAUCGCAGGAGGAGAAGGAAAAGAAAAAAGAAAGAGAGGGAGGGAAUCAAAUUGGCUCCAGGCGGAACAACUCUGUCUUACAGGCCCUGCGGAAAGAAAUCAGAUCCUGCCGGGCCCUGGUCUCAUGAGGCAGAGCGUUCCACCAGGCCGGAGCCAGAGUUGAAAAGGCCCUGGCUCUGGUUGAAGCCAGUCUAACUUCCUUAGGGCCCGGGACCACUAGGGUGUUGGGAAUAGGGUUUCCCAUCCUUGUACUGCAGUGGGCUUUGGGCUCACCUGCCUCUCCCACUGCCAGAUAUAUGUAGGUAAAGAUAUAGAUGGAUCAAGCAGGGUGGGCUGGGUGCCCAAGCUAUAGGGUUUCCUCAAAAGCACAGAGAGGGGGAAAUCCUGGAUCAGAUCUAGGAAGCAAAAGUCAUUUGGCAUGAAUUGGCACAAAACUUUCUCCUUUCCCUUUCCUGAGCAGCUUCCCACUUAGCAAGAUGAACAGUAGCAGCACAGGAAAUUUGGACCGAGCUGGCUCUCCACCCAUUGGCCCCGACGGUGGCGACGGGCCACGCUUUGGGCCUUCACCGCGUGCCACUGCAUCCCGCCAGCGCCCUUACAGCAUGCUGAACCCAGACCUGUCUCAGGUGAGUUUGCGGGGUGGCUGUGUGUGGAGAAGGAGCUGGAGAGCGCUAGAGGGGCCCUAGCCACGUCUGUCCUCUUAACAUGUAUGUGCUGCCACCCAGUGGUCAAAGGCCACUAAGCAACAUUUCUUAGCAGAAACAAUUCAAAAUUCAAGUUGCAAAUUCUGCAGUGCAAAGUUUUUACAGUUUUGUGGCUUCGUCUGCUGCUCUGGGGUUUAGAUCUCUGAGUCUAUGGGCCUUUUGCCUAAACUGAAAGGAUUCUCUGAAUGCAAUUCUUUCUCGUUUUGCUUCCCAGCUAGCAAAUGAAUUUGGCAGUCCAAGUGGCUCCCCGUCAAGGUAAGAAACCCUCCUGUGGCUUCCACAGCUGUCUUUUUUCCUAUGAGACAUCCAGUGCCCCAAUUCUGAUAUAAUUUUGCAUAUAGUGCCUUAAGAGUCCCAGAGGGCACAGGGCACCAUGCCCAAAAGCUUCUGGGGUGCCUUGUGAUUCAGGCCUUGUUGACGCAUUCAGGAGAGUGAAGUUGUAGAAUGGAUUCCCUUCUUCAGGUUACAGGUGGGAAAACUACAGCUUUUCAAUGCUCCUGUACAUUUAAAAAUAAAUAAAUCUUGCAAACAGGAAACCAGCACUGUGGGCAAAAGGCCAGGCUAGAGCCUUUGUCCCUGAAAUGUGAGUCUUAUAUUUGCAAAGUGAGCUUCUUUGUUUUAAAAUGGAAGAGCAUUAAAAAGUGUUGUUUCCCCACCCAUUGUCUGUUCUCUGUAUUCUGCACUGUCACCUCAUUUGCUGCCAUAUUGAGCUAACCCCUAGGAGACGCUUAAUCUCAAGGUUGUGGGUUUGAGCCCCACGCUGAGUGAAAGGUUUCUGCACUUCCAGCUCUACAAUUCUGUGGUUCUGUGGUUCUGAGAGUAACAACUCCCUACCCAGAGCUUCAGAAAGCAUCCUUCAUGAUCUGGUGCUUCUUUGCUGCCACGGUGACACUUACCCUUCUCUGACUUACCCUUUCCCACUGCAGGACCAACCCAUUUGCUCACAUCAAGCUGAAGCGUACGGUGACCAACGACCGCUCCGCUCCGCUCAUCCAGUGA